CUUCACUUUUAUGUAAAUAUAUUGACGCUCCUGUACAGUGAUGACUUCGAGGCUAUAAUUUUCCUGUAAUGUAGACGUACCUCCACGCCUCUUAACAGGCGUGUCGCGUAGAAAGCCAAGCGAUUCUCAGUCUGCGGCCUUGUCAACGGCGGUUCCUUGCUUCAGAUCCAACUUCAAACACGUACUCCAUGUAUUUCCGUUCGGAAAAAAGGAAUCUAAGGGAGGGGAGUUGAUGGUUAAAACACAUAUAUAGAAGGAUCAUCGCGAUGUCAUUCGUACAGAUUGUUCCGACGGGUCACGUUUUUCCCUAGUCUUCUUUACUUCAAAUUCAACCCUUUUUCUUCUUCUUCUUCUUGUAAAAUGAAGUUACUUUUACUUAUAAUAUAUCUCGCUGGAUUGGUCGUGUUAUGUAACAGUGCUAUAGAAUAUUCGAAUCCAAAGUUAUUGACAAAACUUUCUCCCGUAAAUGAUGCGAGUACUACUAAGGACUUGGACACAGCAGCAAGUGAUCGGACGUUUUUAAUUGGUAAAGAGUAUGGUCAGCCAGGAUAUGGAGGAUAUGGAAAUUACCCUGGAUCUAUAUACGGAUCAGGAUAUCGUGGUACAGGUGUAAUACCAGGAUAUAGAGGCUAUCCAAUUGGUAGCCCAGGGGGUAUCAUUGGUGGUGGUGGACACUCUGGAUACGGGUAUUACGGGAAUAGUGGAUAUAAUCCUUAUUAUAAUUAUGGUGGAUAUGGUGGAUACGGUGGAUAUGGUGGUUCUGGUGGAUACAAUGGGUAUGGAAGUAUUGGUGGAUAUGGAACCUUAGGAAUAGGAAAUUAUGAUGAUUCUUAUCUUGGAUAUGCUGGUAAUGGUCGUUACGGUGGUCAAGGUCUUGAUGGAUAUGGAGGUUACGGCUCAAGUGGUUAUGGUGGAUCUUAUGGUUCUACAUAUGGAAUUAGAAACAAUUAUGAUCCUUAUGGUUAUCGUAGUAACAGUUACGGUAGUUAUGCUGGCUACCCUUCUGGAUAUAGGGGUUACUCUUAAAAAUUGUAUGAAUUUAGUAUACAAUAUAUGUAUAAAACUAAUACAUAAAAUUGUUAGUUAUUUUUUUCUAUGUAUUUUAUAACACACUGUAAUGAUAUUAAAAUAUUCAAAGCGUUUCUUUAUCAUGAUAAUGUUCCGUAUAUUUGAAUAAUAAUUGCAUACAUAUAAUUAACAAACGAUUCACGGUAAAUAUUAACAUGAAAUACAAAUACGAAAUGAGAAAUAUUUAAUAAAAAGAAAUAAAAGUAUUAGCGACGAUAACACAAUAAUUAUGUCAUAAUAUCAAAUGUAAUAUAUUUGUGUAUUUAAUAAAUUUGUUGUAUCUAAUUGUGAAAUUUUUAUUA